AUGUGCGCGAAGAUGAGUGUACUGCGAGGUCGCCAUUUAGGAAUUAUGACCCUUACGAGCAGCCCGUGUGAGCUAGACAACAUGAGCUUGUUUCAAGACCUCAAGUUAAAACGGAGAAAGGUCGACUCCCGAUGUAGUAGCGACGGGGAAAGCGUGGCCGACACCUCGACCUCGUCGCCGGACAACAUGCCGGGCUCGCCGGGCUGCCCCGUGGUCAAAGUGAAGAGCGAGUUCCCGCGGAGCAGUCCCAGUCCCGGGACGCUCCGGGAGCUGCGGGGCCAGGACGCGCGGGAGGCCGCCCUGGACCGGGCCUCCCCGGACUCGGUGUUCCCGGAGGUGGCGGUCGGCCGCAACCCCGAGGAGCGGCCCUGCACGCCGGCGCCGAGGGCGUCCCCGGCCUCCUCGCCCAUGCGGACGCACGCGGCCGUCUCGACGACGCCGAUGCCGCAGGAGGCGACGGCCGGGGAGCCCGGGAGCCCGGCCGACCGGGGCGGCUUCUCGGCGGCGCAGCCCAAGCAGGAGUCGGACAACUCGGUCUUCGACGGCGGGGGUCGGCCCGAGGCCCGGAACAGCCAGCAGCGCUUCGAGGCGGCCGGCCCCCCGCAGCCGCCGUCGACGCCCCGGCCCAGGGCGCCCUCGGUCCCGCCCCACCUCCUGGCCCACCACCAGUUCUGGGCCCAGGGCCCCGCCGUGCAGGGCUUCGCUACCCAGAGGCUGCUCAACGGCGUGAUCGGCGGCGCCGUCAACUACGGGCAGAACGUCCUGGGGGUGUCCAGCGGCGGGUCCGUGGUCACGGGCACCGCCACCUGCAGCGUGGCCGGAACCGGAGCCGGAGCCGGAGCCGGAGCCGGAGCCGGAACUGGAUGCGAGGGGAUGAAGCCCCCGGCGCAGAGGCCCGCCCCGCCGCCGCCGCCGCCCCGGCCGCCGCCCUCCGUCAUCAUGGGCGAAGUCGGCGGCGUCCGGACGAUGAUCUGGUCCUCGCCGCCCCUGGACCCCGCGCCGCCGCCCGCGGCGUCCUGGCCCGCCACCGCCACCGCCGCCUCCUGCUCCUCCUCCUCCGAGGAGUCGGCCGCCCAGCUGCUGCUCAACCUGGGCCAGGAGUCCAGGGGCAAGGCCGGCUGCGCCCCCUAUUCCGCCGGGCCGCCCCUCAACAUGGAGAGGCUCUGGGCCGGCGACCUGACCCAGCUGCCCGCCGCCCAGCAGAUGCAGGCCCUCAACCUGACGGCCGGCUCCAGCCAGCCCUGGGUCCGGAACGGCGGCGUCCUCAAGGCCGAGGCCCAGGGUCCCGGCUCCUCGCCGGCCGUCGCCCCGGCGCCCCCCGCCCCGCCCCUCCCGGCCCAGGAGCACGAGGAGGACGAGACUCCCAUGAUCUGCAUGAUCUGCGAGGACAAGGCCACCGGACUCCACUACGGCAUCAUCACCUGCGAGGGGUGCAAGGGCUUCUUCAAGAGAACUGUCCAGAACAGGCGGAUUUACACCUGCGUCGCGGAGGGCGGAUGCGAGAUCACCAAGGCCCAGCGGAACAGGUGUCAGUACUGCCGGUUCAAGAAGUGCAUCGAGCAGGGCAUGGUCUUGCAGGCCGUCCGGGAGGACCGCAUGCCCGGGGGCAGGAAUUCCGGAGCCGUCUACAACCUCUACAAGGUCAAGUACAAGAAACACAAGAAGACGAACAAAACCGCGGGCAUGGGGGGCGGGAUGAGCGGCGGCGGCAGCAACGUCGGAGGGGUGAACGGCUCGGGCUCGCUGGGCGGCAGCAAGGGAACGGUCGCCUCGACGGUCCUGGACAAGCACAUGGCGGCCGCGGUCGCCGUCCACCACGGCCAGCAGCAGCACGCCCAGCUCGCCGGGACCUUUCUUCCCCACAAGAUUUCCGGCGACCCUCUCAACUCUCAGCCGACGCCCAGCCAUCCCAACCACCCCGGCCACCCCGGCCACCCGGGCCAUCCGGGCCACCCCGGCCACCCCGGCCACCCGGGCCACCCGGGCCACCUCGUCAACGGGACGAUCCUCAAGACGGCUCUCACCAAUCCCUCCGAAGUGGUGCAUUUACGACAGAGGCUAGACAACGCCGUGAGCAGCUCGAGGGAUCGAGCUUUCCCUCUGGAUGCCACGCUCGCGAUGAUUCAAACCCUCAUAGAGUGCGACGAGUUUCAAGACAUCGCGACGCUAAGGAACUUGGACGAGCUGCUGGACCAUAAAUCGGACUUAAGUGAGAAGCUGUGUCAAAUAGGGGACAGCAUAGUGUACAAGUUGGUGCAGUGGACCAAAAGGUUACCGUUUUACCUUGAGCUGCCGGUGGAGGUUCACACGAGGCUGCUGACGCACAAGUGGCACGAGCUGCUGGUGCUGACCACCUCGGCCUACCAGGCGAUGCAUGGCCAGCACAAGGUUACCAAUGCCGGCACCGACGGGACGGGUGCAGACUUCAUGCAAGAGGUGUCGAACAACAUGUAUACGUUGCAAACGUGCCUAACGAGCAUGAUGGGUCGACCGAUAACUAUGGACCAAUUACGGCAAGACGUGGGGCUCAUGGUGGAAAAAAUCACGUACGUUACGCUCAUGUUUAGGAGGGUGAAAUUACGCAUGGAGGAGUACGUUUGCCUGAAAGUGAUCACCAUGCUCUCGCAAGCUCGAGGAGACACGUUGGAAUUGGAGCAAAUACAGGAGCGGUACAUGAGCUGUCUACGAAGUUUCGUCGAACAUAGCGCUCCACAGCAGCCUGGUCGAUUUCACGAUCUCCUCGUCAGGUUACCCGAAGUUCAAUCAGCGGCAGCCCUGCUUCUCGAGAGUAAAAUGUUCUACGUUCCUUUUCUACUGAACUCAGCGAUUCAAAGAUAG